AUAAAUUCUGGUUUGGGUUUCCCACUGCUGCUUUUUGCACGGGGAGGGAGAGCAGUGGUGGUGGUCACUGUCCCUGCCCUGGCCACAUUGCACCAUGAAGGCGGCUGUCACCCUCCUGCUGCUGCUUUUUGCCACAACCCACGCCGAACACCGAGGUAGAGCAUAUGUCCGGGACAAAGUAUGCCAAGAGUUCAAAACCAUGGGGAAGGACGACUUCCGAACCCUGACCCUCAUCAUGAACAGCAAGAAGUUCUCCAAUGCCACCUUUGAGGAGAUCAGCCACCUCGUGCGUGAGAUUGUCUCGCUGGCAGAGACCUGCUGCACCGAUGGCGCUGACCCCUCCUGCUACGAUGCUGGGUCUUCAGCUCUGUCGGCCAAGUCCUGUGGCCCCGACUCGCCUUUCCCUGCCCACCCAGGGACAGCUGCCUGCUGUGUCCACCAAGGCCUGGAGCAGAAGCUGUGCCUGGCCGCCCUGCAGCACCCACCCCGCCAGCUGCCCCACUACAUCGAGCCCUCUAACGAGGAACUCUGCCAAGCCUUCAAGAAGGACCCCAAGGACUUUGCCGACAGGUUCCUGUACGAGUACGUCAGCAGCUACGGCCAGGCACCCUUGCCUGUGCUCCUGGGCUCCACCAGGAACUUCCUCUCCAUGGUCUCCACCUGCUGUAUAUCCUCAGCACCCACCGUCUGUUUCCUGAAGGAGAAACUGCAAAGAAAAACCCUCUCCCUACUCACGCUGAUGUCAAACAGGGCUUGCUCCCGCUUCACGGUAUAUGGGAAGGACAAAGUGAAGUUCAGCUACCUGACCAUGCUUGCCCAGAUGAUACCAAGCGCUUCAUUUGAGGACCUUUCUCCUCUGGCAGAGGACGCAUCUGAGGUGUUUGCCCAGUGCUGUGACUCGGUGGCUGAGGACUGCAUGCAGAAGAAGUUAUCAGAGCACACUGCGAAGGUCUGUGCUGCACUGUCGACCAAAGAUGAAAGGUUUGCCGACUGCUGUGCAGGAAAAGACCUUAUGCAAAACUACUUCUGCAUCACCGCCUUGAAACCAGCCACAGCCCCCAAAUUGCCUGAGCUGCAGAAGCCGACCAACAAGCACUUGUGUGGUGACGAUGGGGCCCUCCAUGCCAGAAGGUACAUGUUUGAACUGUCACGGAGGCACACCAAUGUCCCUGACGUCUUCCUUGGCAAACUGUACGAUGCAUCUGAAAAUGUCAUCAGGGAGUGCUGCUCUGCCAAGGACUCCUCUGCCUGCCUUGACAGCAAGCGACAGCAAGUGGGAGCAGAGCUGCCCACCUUCCUGGAAAACACCAACCAGUUCUGUGGACAGUACAAUGAGAUGAAUUUCCUUGACUUCAAGAAGAGGCUGAGGGACAGCAUGAAGAAGACUAUGCCAGAAGCCAGCCCUGAACUGCUGACACAGCUGGUGGAUCAGAGAGCUGAUUUCGCUUCCACGUGCUGCCCAGCAAACUCACCACCUCUUUAUUGCGCUGCACAGGUGACCGCAUACCUGGAAAGUGCAUGCAAGCAGGAUUCCUGUGCGCUGAUUUAGGUGUGGAACAGCAAAAAACAAGGCGGGGGGUCCCACUGGAGGAUGCUGUUUCCUGAACAGCAGGGAAAGGAAGCAUCCAGCUUGUAUCCUCCCCAGCUGAUACAUCACUGCAGCCAUAAUAAAGAUAUUAAAAA